AUGUAUCCUUUGAAAUCCAAAUUUAGAUAUUCUAAAAUGGAAACAUCAUCUGAAGAAUUUAUCGAAGAUUAUUAUCAGGACUUCAUCAGAGAAAUUGUAUUUCCAACCACAGGCGCUGCAUGUUUUCCUCCAGACUUUUUGGUAGCGAGACAUCCUCUACGCUAUUUUUUCUCAAAAUUUUCCCUCUUGAUACAUUUGAUCAAAAUUUACUUUCGACUAAAAAGUUUUGGAGCAAAUUUCUGACUACCAAAAAAGCCCAAUCAAAUAGCAUGGGACCGCGCUGCAUAUAUCUGAGUUGUUAGUUUUAAUAGAUGGCUUCCUGGAAUUGGUCUUCCAAAAAAAGCAAUAUUGAAAGGACUAAUAAACGCAAGUGAUUAUGAAUUUCAAAGAGAAGUUCAAUUGCUAAAAGAAGCAAGCCAAAAAACUAGAGCAAUUGUGAAAUAUUACUAUCAUAUUAGAAAUAACAUCAACAGAUGAAUUUUUAUGGAAUACUGUGAAAAAGGAUCAUUAACUAAUUUCAUUGAGAAACAAAGAGAAAAAGGAACACAUUUUACAUAUUCUUAUAUUGUUUGGGAAUUUUACUGAAUAGCUGAGGCGCUGGCUUGGCUUCACAACUCAAAAAUGUAUCAUAGAGAUAUAAAGCCAGACAAUAUUUUUGUAUCUGAUGUCGAAAUAUUAAAGCUUGGAGACUUUGGUGCUUCCAGAUAUGAGUCCUUUAGCACAAGAAGCUCGAAUACAGUCAUCGGAACAGAGUUUUAUAUGUCUCCUAAUCUUCUUGACAAGUUUGGGCUAGGCAAGACUGAAACAAAAAGCAUUAACCCUCUAAAGGAUGAUGUGUGAGCGUUAGGAAAGACUAUGCUUGAGACCAUAGCUCUCCAACCUGGCAUAGAUUUCCGCUGAAAGCAAGAAUCAGAUAUUAUGGCUUCUAUAAAUGAAAAUUAUGAGAAGGUAAUACCCUUAGAUUAUAGCACGAGCACAGCUUUAGCUCGACCUAGACUUCCCCCCAUCUUUCAGAUGGCUUCAUUUUAGGUAAAACUGUCUAAUCCAUAAUGAUGGACUUUUCUGUUUCAUUUAAGUGAAACCUUCAGGAGAGUGGGUAUCAAGGUCAAGCCAUAGCUGUUCGCAAAGUAUACCAACCACAGCUGAAAAAUUUAAUAAGAUUAAUGAUGGGAUACGAUGAAAGCAGUAGGAUAGACAUGCAAAAUGUCGCACAUGAAUUAUACAAAAUAAUUCAGUCCUUGAGAAUUGACUCAUUUCAAACUUUAGCACAUGAUGCGCCAAUUGUUAUUUUAUCACCUAGAGAUUGUCAAAAGUGAGGAGAGAAUAAAGUAGAAUCAAGUGAAACUACUCUUGAAAAUUAUUCUAAUUGAUCCCUAGGUGAAAAUAAUAUUGAGGAUUGAUCUCAAACUUCUAUUUCAAAUGCGCCAAUAACAGAAGAAAGCGAGUUAGAACCCUAUAAAAAUUGUGUAUUUUGCAACAAUUUUAUAGGUAAGAUCUAUUUUGAGUUGGAAUGCAAGCAUAUAUAUCAUAAAGAAUGUAUGAAAAAACAUAUUGAAUGCAUAGUUGUUACUGAAAAGAAUUAUAGGAAUUUAUUAUGUGCUGUAUGCCCGACAGUCCUAGAUUUGAAAAGAAUAAUUCAUGCAGAUUUAGGGUUAUCGCAAGUCUGUGUUUUGCAGAUCUUUAAACUUACCUGGCGAGGUGAUAACACUGUAUGCCCAAGUUGCAAGGAAAAAUCAAAAAACUCGAUAUUAAGUAGCGAGUUAAGUCCUCAUUUUAUUCGCUGCGAGAAUUGCCAGCAAAAAUUUUGUUCCUUUUGCCGAGGGUACCAGCAUAAAAAAUGUUAUACAUUUGAUGCUUAUUUAGAAACAUAUCUUUCAAUUUAUGAAGGAAGAAAUAGGUUCUUUGAUUUAAGUGAUGCCUUUAAAUAA